AUGCUCCAGACUCGACUCGCGGCAAGACGUGGGCGGCUGCGGGGAUUCGGCGCCGAGCGUGCCCCGCGGCUCUGGGGGGCUGGCCCACAAUCCCUCGCGAGAGCGAGGGCGGGAAAGGUGUUCGGCUUUGAAAUGCAGCGGGAUUUAGUGAGUUUGCCCCUAUCCCCAGCAGUGCGGGUGAAGCUGGUGGCUGCAGGUUUCCAGACUGCUGAGGAACUCCUAGAGGUGAAACCCUCCGAGCUCAGCAAAGAAGUUGGGAUAUCUAAAGAGGAAGCCUUAGAAACUCUGCAAAUUAUAAGAAGAGAAUGUCUCACAAAUAAAGCAAGUUAUGCUGGUACAGCUGAGUCAGGCAAGAAGUGUACAGCACUGGAACUUCUUGAGCAGGAGCAUACCCAGAGUUUCAUAAUUACCUUCUGUUCAGCACUAGAUAAUAUUCUUGGGGGUGGCAUACCCUUAACCAAAACAACAGAAAUUUGUGGUGCACCAGGUGUUGGAAAAACACAAUUAUGUAUGCAGUUGGCAGUAGAUGUGCAGAUACCAGAAUGUUUUGGAGGAGUGGAAGGUGAAGCAGUUUUUAUUGAUACAGAGGGGAGUUUUAUGGUUGAUAGAGUGGUAGACCUUGCUAAUGCCUGCAUUCAGCACCUGCAGCUUAUAGCAGGAACACAUAUGGGAGAAGAGCACCCAAAAGCUUUGCAGGAUUUCACUCUUGAAAAUAUUCUUUCCCAUAUUUAUUAUUUUCGUUGUCGUGACUACACAGAGCUACUGGCACAAGUUUAUCUGCUUCCAGACUUCCUUUCAGAACACUCAAAGGUUCGAUUAGUGAUAGUGGACGGUAUUGCUUUUCCUUUUCGUCAUGACCUAGAUGACCUAUCCCUUCGUACUCGAUUACUAAAUGGCCUAGCGCAGCAAAUGAUCAGCCUUGCAAAUAACCACAGAUUAGCUGUAAUUUUAACCAAUCAGAUGACAACGAAGAUUGAUAAAAAUCAGGCCUUGCUGGUUCCUGCACUGGGGGAAAGUUGGGGGCAUGCUGCUACAAUACGACUAAUCUUUCAUUGGGACCAGAAGCAAAGGUUGGCAACAUUGUACAAAUCACCAAGCCAGAAGGAUGCUACAGUACUAUUUCAAAUCACACCUCAGGGAUUUAGAGAUGCUGUUGUUGCUACUGCACGUUCAUUGCAAACAGAAGGUUCAUUGAAUAUCCGGAAGCGGUCACGGGACUCAGAGGAAGAAAAGGAAUCCAAAGACUAGUCUCAGAGUAUACAUAUGUAUUGAUGCUGUGAGAGAUGCAGUGCUUACAAGUAGUAGACUCGUUACUUUAGAAUAUAAACACUGUGGCGUGAAUGAAUCCAGUCUAUAUUAAGUGAAUGGUGAGUGAAUGGAUCAGGUCUAUAUUAAGUGAAAAUACUUAACAAAUAGGAUUCUCUGAAAGAGUUUUUCUAAACUAAGCAGUGUUCUACAGUUGUAUUUAACCCUGUUUUCAUUUUCAGUAACAUUCAGUAGAGAUGAUACAGGUAUUGUAUUUUGCAAAUGUGGAAAGCUGAUCGCUUGUGGCCAAUCUGAAUUUAAUAUUCAGACUGUUUUUUCCUCCUUUCUUUGCCAAUUGCCUAGACAUUUCUAGGAAGAAAAGAUUUUUUUCACAUUCCUAUUGUGCUCUCCUCUUUAAAUGUAGCUUUGAUAAUUCUCAAAAAUGACAUGUUUCUAUUAUGAAGAAAAGCCAGCACCAUGAGUCAGCAUAUCAUUACAUUCAGUUUAUGAGUAGGAUACAAAUUUUGGAUGACCAGUCUGAUUUUAGUGACCCCAAUCCUAAAAUCGAAGUCAUUUGUUCAGUUUUUAAUGUUAUUUUGUAACAUUAAAGGAAGGACUUUGGAGUUGUUAUCCCAUCUAGAACAUUGACUGGAACAUAUAUCUAUGUUGUCAAGUUGAUAAGCUUACAGUCAUUUAUUUCUAUAUUUUUGAAACAUGGUGUGAUCCAGUUCUAGGUGUAUUGACAUUUUCCUUUGAAUAAUCUUAAUACUGCUUGAAUAAAUUAAAAAUUUGGAUUCUUGAGUGGUUUCAAAAUUUUAAAAUGUUUUGGUACCUGGUUCUUAGUGCUUCUUAAUUCAUUUACAAAAUUUACUUUGACUCCCAGUGGAAGAAAAUUAUUUAAGUAAUUGAAUAUUAUAUACCGUGACAACCAUAUUUUCCAGACUUUAGUGACAGUUGGUAUUUCCUGUCCCAGACUGAACACUAAAUUCAUAAAAUUUUAAAAAUGUAAUUAUUCUGUAAUUGAUUAUACAUAGACUAACCAUAGUUGGCAAGGACUUUUUAAAGAAUGAAAAUAGGCACUGCUAACAAUUAUACCAGGACAUAAAUCAGGACUGUCCCAGGCAAAUCAGGCUUAUGGUCAUCCUAAUUAUGUAAGACUAAUUUCAAAUGACUACUUUAGUAUAGGAUAACUAAUUGUAACUAUCUUAUUUUUGAGGGCUUUAAGGCAUAUGUUUUUAUUAUAAUUAAUGAAGUCAUUAUAAAAAAUUACCUGUCAUUUUAUAGUCUAUCUACUCAAAUCAUAACAUCAAGAGUAAGGGGGUUGUUAAGUGAUAAAUAUCAGUGUUACCAGGCAUCAGAUACUGUUAAGAGGUCAUUUUAUAAAGCAUUAUAAUACUGUACUUUAAAAGAACUAUGAGACCCCAAAAUGGAUUAAAGACCUAAAUGUAAGGCCAGACACUAUCAAACUCUUAGAGGAAAACAUAGGCAGAACACUCUAUGACAUAAAUCACAGC